AUGGAAGGUGGUGCGAGUGAUGAAGUAGCAGAGAGCAGCAAGAAGAUAGGGAGAGGAAAGAUAGAGAUAAAGAGGAUAGAAAACACUACGAACCGCCAAGUCACUUUCUGCAAACGACGCAAUGGUUUGCUCAAGAAAGCUUAUGAGCUCUCUGUCUUGUGUGACGCUGAGGUGGCUCUUGUCAUCUUCUCCACUCGAGGUCGUCUCUACGAGUACGCUAACAACAGUGUAAGAGGAACGAUUGAAAGGUACAAGAAAGCUUGCUCCGACGCAGUUAACCCUCCUUCCGUCACUGAAGCUAAUACUCAGUACUAUCAGCAAGAAGCAUCUAAGCUACGGAGACAGAUUAGGGACAUUCAGAAUCUGAACAGACACAUUCUUGGUGAAUCUCUUGGUUCCUUGAACCUCAAGGAACUCAAGAACCUUGAAGGUAGGCUUGAGAAAGGCAUCAGUCGUGUCCGCUCCAAGAAGCAUGAGAUGCUAGUUGCAGAGAUAGAGUACAUGCAAAAAAGGGAAAUCGAGCUUCAAAACGAUAACAUGUAUCUCCGAUCCAAGAUUAGUGAAAGGGCGGGAAUGCAGCAGCAGGAACCGAGUGUGAUACAUCAAGGGACGGUUUACGAGUCAUCGUCUCAUCAGUCGGAGCAGUACAACCGGAAUUAUAUUCCGGUUAACCUUCUUGAACCGAAUCAGAACUCCUCCGACCAAAACCAACCACCUCUCCAACUUGUUUAA